GCAGUGAGAGUGAGUGUUUGUGAUGCUAAUUAAAAAUGUCCAGUCUCAGGGCUUCUGUGUCGUAUAAAAGACGGACAGCUGGACGGCUGGAGAGAAGACGAGGAGAAGAGACACACCGAGGAGAUCAGAGUCUGUUUAAGCUGAGACUUGGAUGAAGAUGAUGAUGAUGAAGACAUCACUGGGGCUUCUGUUGCUCGGCCUCAUUGCAACAUCUGCCGCUGCUGGACCAGGGUCUUGCUCUGGUCGGUGUGGUGAACUUUACACCAGAGGUCAGCAGUGUAACUGUGACUACGGCUGCAUGAAACACAACGAAUGCUGCCAAGACUUUGAGGCUACGUGCACCAUCAUUCAGUCGUGUCGCGGUCGCUGUGGCGAGACGUUCAGACGAGGUCUCCAGUGUGAAUGUGAUCCUCUGUGCGUCCAGUACAACACCUGCUGCCCCGACUACCAGCUGCACUGUGAUGCCAGUGUGUCAGUUCCACGUCCAGGAAGUUUCCAGACUCUGAGGGCUUCAGGUUCAGGAAAGCGCAAAUCUGACAAGAGUCGGAAAAGGUCCAACAGUGAGAGUGAGGAAUGGUACUCAGGUCGGGGUCGCUGCUCUCAGAACCAGGGCUCUCAGUGUCAGGGUUCAUCUCGACCUCUAAACCCUCUGACCAGCAGCUCCUCUGGCUCCAGACGUCCUGCUGCUGCACCGACAAACCAGCUGCAAUACGGUGGGAAUAACAUCCCUCCCUCCUACGGCGGGGCUCCAUACUCCCCAGCACCGGGCUCCUUUCUACCUGCCAACGCUGCUUUCUCUCAGGGCAACAGGGCUCCGUAUUCUCCAGCACCGGGCUCCUUUCUACCUGCUAACGGUGGUUUCUAUCCGGGCAGUGGUGCCCCAGUGAGCCCCUCCACUCCUGGAGGCAGCAGGCUGAACGUCCAUCUGGUGCUGUCUCCUGGAGGAGCUGCUCCUUCUGGGCCCGGUCAAGGUUUCCGUGGUCCGGCUGGUCCCAGACCCAGCACCCUGCAGGACGUCGCUCAGGCUCUGGGGCUCUCAGUGGUGGAUGGAGGACCUGCAGGACCAGGAAAUGGAUUCCUCUCUGACGUGGACCUCUGCAGUGAUUCUCCCAUCAACGGACUGACGGCUCUCAUCAACGGAACCAUCCUGAUAUUUAAAGGUGAGAUGUUCUGGUCCGUCGAUCCCGUCAGUCGCUCGGUUAGUCGUCCACAGAGCAUCACCGACACUCUGGGCAUCUCUUCUCCGAUCGACACCGUCUUCACUCGCCUGAACUGCCAAGGAAACACCUACAUUAUCAAGGGAGACCAGUUCUGGCGUCUGGAUGGGAACAUGGUGAUGGAGCCUGGUUACCCCAAACCUCUGACUUCAGAGUUUCCAGGUCUGACAGGAAGCAUCAGUGCUGCGCUGGCAGUUCCAGCAACCAGAACCAAACCAGAGACCGUGUUCUUCUUUAAGAACGGAGACGUCCUGCAGAGGUUCACCUUCCCACCAAGCAACACUCCGACCUGCAAUCCGAUUCUGAGGAGCCCCAUGAAGAGUCGCUUCACUCGUCAGGCUGAGGUUCUUCUAAGCGGAGAAAUCAACAUCAAAGUGGCUCUGAAGGGAUUCCCCACUCCGGUCACAUCAGCUCUGUCCAUGGCCAGUCCUCUGGGCAACGACAGACACCAACACUACGUCUUCUCCGGACCUCUCUACUUCAACGUCCAGAUCUCCAACGACCUGCCGGCGCUGGCCAGGCCCGACCCGUACGCAACCCUCUCACCCCAGCCCAUCUUCAGCCCUGCCGCCAUGGCAACCAACCCCGCCAACAUGGCCGCUCAGAACGCCAACCCUCCCCAACCACCCAACUCCAUCACAGUUUGGCUCCACUGUCCCUGAAAACAUCCCGAGGAGACGACAGAUUCACGGUUCUGGUGUUUUCUGCUUCAGCACAAAACUCAAAAAUCUACUUACAUCUGCUGAGCAAAACGUAGGAAUUUAGUGGUUUUCUUUAUGCAUUCCUAUAAGAUUGAUUCUAACACCCCAUCCUCCUUUUUUCUGCACAUGUUAAAGAUAUUCAGUAGCUUUUAAUGGCAUAAAGGCAUUUAAAAAGUUAAUUUCUCAUGGCUGGAUUGUGGGUUGAACUUAAUUCAUUUUGAAGAAUGUGACGUUUAUAAAGCACAAUUAUUAUCGAAAUCUAUUUUCCGAAUUUGUGGAUAACUUGUCAGGCAAAUUUGUUUAACCCUCAUGUUGGUCAAAUUGACCCGUUUUAAAGUUUGAAAAUGUGGGGAAAAAUAUAUUUUCACGGUAAAACUUCUGAUAUCCACAUUUUCAACAUUUUUGGGAAAUCUCUGAACAUUUUUUGGUGGAAAAAAAGAAAUGUUGAAAAAAAAAAAACUUAACAGCAAAUUUCGUUGGAUUUUGGUUGAUUUUUUUGUGAAUGUUCUUAAAGAAAAUAUUAGAAGUUUUACUGAUAAAUAUGUAAUCACUUUAGAUAUUUCUAGGAUUGUUUUGGAAGAUUUUUACUCAUUUAUUGAAGUAUUUCUAAGAAUUUUCUUGCAAAAUUUGGAGGACUUUUUAAAAUAAAACUUUUAAGGGAAGCUUUUAAAGAAUUUUUUUUCUAAAAGGUUUUGCAAAUUUUCAGAAAUUUGGAAAAAAAAAAAUUGUUGAAUUUUUUAAUUUUUUUCAGACAAGAAAAAAAUAUUUUUGGUGCCUGUAAAUUAAGACAACAGGAGGGUUAAUCUUCAUCAAAACUGGGAAACCAAACAUGACAUUUAUGAUGACAAAAACCGGAGAAUGUGAAGCAUUUCAUCCCAUAAUUAAAUUCAUGUCCCACUUUUCAUUGUGUCUAAAUGUGGAGGUAAAAUAGAUCUUUGCCAUUUUAAAGCUCUUAAAGCAUUUUAAAGGCCUCACUGUUUCCCAAAUGUUAGAAAACACAUGACAUCGCUGCUACUCAUUAUUCCACUUUAUUAUUAAAACGUGUAUCAACAGCUGACAGACAAAAGCAAAACUAAAAAUUCCAAAACUUAGACUCCUCCCAUGGAAAAAAAUUACAAAACAACCGGUGAGUUUCACCAACAGUGUGACCUUUCGUGUCUCAGAAGCGCUCACAUCCAAACAAAGCUGUCAGAUCUAACCUGUAAUAGUGGGAUUAUUGACUUUGAUUUACUGAUGCACUGAAUUUGAAAUGUCGAUUUUUUUUAAUGUCCUAACGGUGACGUCACCAUUACGCGACGCCCCCUCGGCCCAUGGCUCCUCCUCUUCCUCCUCGAGAGAAAGUUCCUGUAAAACAUGGUGAAACGUGAGGAGAAAGCAGGUUAUCAGUCUGAUUUAACGUCGUCACCGUUUCAUGCUGCUCUUUGCAUCUUUCACUUCAAUAAACGGCUUCAUCAUUACAA